AUGCCGCCGGAGAAGAUCUGGUCCGGAGAAGCCGCCGCCCUCGCUCUCGCUUGCAUUUCAGGCACACCAGAAGGAUCACCAUCAUUGGCCAAAAGUCAAACCUUCUAUUCCUUCCUCCUCCUCCUCCUGACCAAGCCAUCGGAUUUUCCCCAAAUCCACCGCGUCGCCAUGGCCGCCGCCCGCCUCCUCCUCCUCGUCGCCGCGGUCGCUCUCCUCGCCGCCGUCUCCCCCGCGGCCGCCGGGCGCCCCUGUGGCCACGCGCAGACGCUCCUCAUCUCCUUCUCCUCCGUCUCCAGGCCCAACCCCGACCCCACCAACCCCACCCCCGUCACCACCACCGUCGUCACCGUCCUCCGCGUCCGCCGCCUCGGCCCGCACCAGCCCCUCCAGAUCCGCCGCCCCGAUCCCCUCCCGGCCGCCUCCGACGCCGCCUCGUCCGUCCAGGACCGCGCCAAGGACAUCCUCGUCGUCGUCUCCGGCCUCCUCUUCGGCUUCGGCUGCGGCGCCCUCACCGCCGCGACCAUGUACCUCGUCUGGUCCCUCGUCGCCUCCACCUGCGCUCCCUCCUACGAACAAGUCUACGGCGAAGACGAGGACGACGAGCUGUCCGACUCCGAGAGCCCCAAGAAGGCUGGAUACGUCAUCAUCCACGACGCCGAACAGUACGUCGGCGGUAAGAACUAGGGAUGUCUUGCCGAUGGAAUAUUAAGGAUUUGUGAUAAAAUGAUCGCGUGGAUUCCCGGGGUAUAUACUAUUAGCACCUAUAUAUGUGUUGUGUUGCGUCUGUCUGACUCGUGCGUGUGUGAUUUGGGGAAGAAACAAAUUAUGAAUACGUUCUUGAUGUUUUCUCACGUGAUGAAGGUGAAAUUAAAGUGUCCUUAUUUAUUGAUCAUUAAACAUGGAAUCUAUUGGGCUCUUCUGCUUAGCAAAAUUGCAAUAUAUUACAACUUUUGGUGAA